ACCGGAUCGGUUCAGUCCACGGCGAUGUCUCUGCAGCUUUCCGAAGUCUGCACCAAGCACGGAAACUAGCGACCAACUUCCCGAACUUUAGUUUCGACGGCUUCCAAAUCCUCUCUGCAACAACAGCUAUCGUCUUCUUCAACUCGAGAUCGCCAGGUCGAAAAGAUAGUCGAUAAUUCGUCACAAUGGCGACGACUGCUUGUUUUAUCAUCGUCAGCAGGAAUGAUAUCCCUAUAUAUGAAGCUGAAGUUGGAUCUGCUGUUAAAAGAGAAGAUGCGGCACAUUUGCAUCAGUUCAUCCUGCAUGCAGCUCAAGAUAUUGUUCAGGACCUCGCAUGGACAACUAGUGCCAUGUUUCUGAAAGCAAUAGACAGAUUUAAUGAUCUUGUGGUUUCGGUGUACGUCACAGCUGGUCAUACACGAUUUAUGCUACUUCAUGACUCACGUAACGAUGAUGGAAUCAAGAGCUUUUUCCAAGAGGUUCAUGAGCUUUAUAUCAAGAUAAUUCUGAACCCGCUCUAUUUGCCUGGUUCCCGCAUCACAUCUUCACAUUUCGAUACAAAGGUCCGUGCUCUUGCAAGAAAAUACUUAUAAAAGCCACUUUCUGGGAACAAAUCACUCAUGGGACAGUGAUGAGAAUGCAAGAUUUGACCACUAAGGACUAGUGGACACUCAUAGGCUGUCAUCAAUUUCGCGCUUGCUAAUUUCCUGUUAGGAUGUGAGCGUGUUGCAGAUAUAUGCUCGUGUUGUUGCUGCAGAAUUAAAGCACUCGAUAUCUCAUUUUGCUGAUGGUAAUAUCAUGGUUGGCCUGAUUAUCAGCAACGUGACCUGCUAUUUCCUUUUCCUUCUUUUUCUUUCAUUUGUUAGAAGACCACCCUGCCUUUUGUUCAAGGAAGAGAAUGUGCUUUAUAUUUCUUAUUGCUGAUAA